AGCUUCCCGAAAGAGCGAGCAGACGCGUUACUGCGUCUGUGUGCUCGGAGGAGAGCCUGGCAGCGUAGCGGUUACACACGUGUCAGGAUCGUGUUGAAUGGACUCAGAAGGAGUCUGGAGGCGGUGGCGAGAAGUCAGUGGCGAAGACCGAUUCAAGGGUCUUGGGCUCUCGAGCCGCAGGCACAGCGAGGCGAUACCCAGCGUGCUCUGAAGAAGAGCGGACAGCGAAGAGUUCGGCGGGUGACCAGCCCGUCCUUGAGAAGACGCGGUCCUGCGUCCUUAGCCUCCGGGUGGCUGCGAGACGGUCACCCUCCAGACGCGUGGCGGUCUGCGUCCCGGACGUCAGCGGGUCUGGACACGUGACCGUUCUUUCCUUAGCCCCUCAGGGGGCGACCGGAGGAUUUUCUGGGGGCUGCUACGUGUCGGGGCGUGAGCACAGACAGGAGAGUUCAGACGUUUAAGUCCGCGGCUCAUUAAAACAGGAGCAGAACCGGUCCCUCGGGCCUCGACCCACCUGCUUUGGGUAAUUUAGCAGCUCGAUUAGAGUGACACCCUUUCAUUUCUUCACUGUAUGCCUUAACUGUCACUAAUCCUCAGCCCCACCCCCUGAGAUUUGUCUCCAUCAGCUCCAUUUCACAGGUUAGAGAGGUUAAGUCACUUGUCCCAGGCCCUUAGCCAGGGAAGUGACAAAGCUGGGACUGAAAUCCAGGACGCGGCCGCGUCCGACACUCCCAGGCUCUACAGAGCGGCGGUCUACACAAUAGAACGUUCCUUGGGCCAAUCUGGAAAUCCUCUGUGAAACUUGCCGAGCUCUCAAAGCUUGGAGGUGCAGACAGAGACCUGGACAGUGGCAGCCGUCCCGCCUGGCCUCUGGGGUCCUGGGUUUUAGACACUGUAGCCAGCCUGGCUCAGAGUACUGGGCAGGAGCUGAGGACUAGGCUGGAGGUGGAGGGAGGAAGUGCCCAGGAGGGUGAUGACAUCACGGCCCAGCCCUUGAAAGAUGAGCUGUUCCCGCCAGCACUCCAGCUCAGCUCAGCCAGCGGCUGCUCAGAGGGGAGGGGACCUCAGGCAGCCCUGCCAGACGCUGGAUCCUGGAGGAGGGAGCAACAGAGGUGCCCGUGCAGCCACUCCGGUCAAGUCAGCCCAGGUGGGGCCUCGCUCACGUCUAAAUGUUCUCUGCCUGGAAGAGACCGAUGUUCCUGUCUGUUCAUGAGGACCCCGUGCCCACCAUGGCCUCUUUCAGCGCCGAGAUGCUCAACAUCACCUCGCAAGUCCUUUCGCCUGCUCUCAACGGGACCCCUUCCCAGAGCAGCAGCUGCUUCGACUCCGACUUGUGGAACUGGCUCAACGCCAUCCAGGCCCCCUUCCUCUGGGUCCUGUUCACGCUGGCGGCGCUGGAGAACGUCUUCGUCCUCAGCGUCUUCUGCCUGCACAAGAGCAGCUGCACGGUGGCGGAGAUCUACCUGGGCAACCUGGCCGUGGCCGACCUGAUCUUGGCCUGUGGGCUGCCCUUCUGGGCCGUCACCAUCGCCAACAACUUCGACUGGCUCUUCGGGGAGGUCCUCUGCCGCGUGGUGAACACCGUGCUCUACAUGAACCUGUACAGCAGCAUCUGCUUCCUGAUGCUGGUGAGCAUCGACCGCUACCUGGCCCUGGUGAAAACCAUGUCCAUGGGCCGGAUGCGCGGCGUGCGCUGGGCCAAACUCUACAGCCUGGUGAUCUGGGGCUGCUCGCUGCUCCUGAGCACGCCCAUGCUGGCCUUCCGGACCAUGAGAGAGUACAGAGACGAGGGCCACAACGUCACCGCCUGCAUCAUCAGCUACCCAUCCUACACCUGGGAGGUGUUCACCAACAUGCUCCUGAACUUCGUGGGCUUCCUCCUGCCCCUGAGCAUCAUCAGCUUCUGCACGGUGCGCAUCAUGCAGGUGCUGCGUAACAACGAGAUGCAGAAGUUCAAGGAGAUCCAGACGGAGAAGAAGGCUACGGUGCUGGUGCUGGCCGUGCUGCUGCUGUUCAUCAUCUGCUGGCUGCCCUUCCAGAUCAGCACCUUCCUGGACACGCUGCUGCGCCUCGGCAUCCUCUCCAGCUGCUGGGACGAGUACGUCAUCGACGUCUUCACGCAGAUCUCCUCCUACGUGGCCUACAGCAACAGCUGCCUCAACCCGCUGGUGUACGUGAUCGUAGGCAAGCGCUUCCGCAAGAAGUCGCGGGAGGUGUACUGGGGACUGUGCCGGAGAGGCGGCUGCAGGCCGCAGCCCAACCAGCUGGAGAGCUCCAUGGGCACGCUGCGGACCUCCAUGUCGGUGGAGCGCCAGAUCCACAAACUGCCAAAGUGGGCGGGGAGCAGCCAGUGAGAGAUGUCACCAGGAUUACUGCUGACAUGCGUGCCGGUUGGCAGACAGCUGCUCCUCGGGGUGUGCCCAACACGGAAGGGAAGGCGUCCGACGUGUAACCUUGGACGAUGAGUCCAGGACACACUGGAGCGUGAUUCCUGCCCUGAUCGGGUUGCAGUGAGCACAGCCGUGAGGGUGGGGUGACGCCGCGCACAGGUGAGGGCCCCACAAACACGACAGCAUUAUUGUCCUUAUUUGCUGCCACCCCGGGAUAGUCCGCUCCUGCCAGGAGUGGAGGGAGCCUGGGGGAAGGAACAGGGUGACUGAGCUUGGUGUCCCACCCUGCCCCAGCAUGACAGCUUGGGUGCAGUGGCUGAGUGCACACGCGAUGCCUAGUUGCAUUUUUGCCUUGGAUUUCUUUAACGGACUCGGCUAGGACUUCGCAGGAUGACUUGUCAGAUUAACGAAGGUGAAGCUCUGGGGGCCGCUGGUAAGAACCCAAGGAUGGGAUUCUGCCGCUCCCCUCGCCGACGGACAGGCUGGUCUGUGCCGACGGGGAAGGCAAUGCGCACGCAUCCAGUGCUUGCCGUACACGCAGCGUUGAGCGCAGGGGGUGAGAGGAGGAGGAAAGAGGGUGUGAGGUCUCCGCCGUGAAGGAACUCGUGAGCUGGCGUGGAGAUGACCAAGCACUUGCAACCACCAGAGGCUGGUCUACGAGGCGGUCGGGCAAAGCCUGUGUGCGCUCCGAGCAGCGGGGCGGGGAGCCUGGCGCCCCAACUCCACCGUAACCGCUUGCUCGUGCCUGCCCCCUGCCCCAGUUUCUUCCUUCUUCCUCUGCCACAGGAGGAUGUGAGGAUUAAAGGACGCAACCGGCACAGAAGUAUUUUGAAAAACAAAAGGUGCUAUGUAGACGUGAGGCAUUAGGGUGGAACCUGGAGGCCCUGGAGGAUCUGGAUGGUAAAGAGCCCAGAACUCCUGACCAUCCAGCGUCAGAUUUUAAAGCAAAUGCUCCAAAGCGGUUCCCUCCGCAUCCCAGCCUUUUCUUCCCACCAGUCACACUCUCAGCCCCAAUAAACAUACUCUCUUGUAGCUGGAGAAAGAAAACGGGGUAAAUCAGAAGGGGCCGCUUCCUGUUAAAGUGGAGCUGGGGCGCACAGGCUGCGAGUCGGGGAGAACGGGGACUGCGCGGUGACGUGUGAGACCCUCACUCGCCAGCGGUGUGCGGUGCUCCGAAGACCUACGGGCAGGGCCUUGCCACAGCCCUGCGCUCCUACCGGUAACUUAAGGGUCCGCCCAUGUCUGAGGAGGAGACCGUCUGCGGGAGGGGAGCGUCCCGGGGGUCGUGUCCAUGCGUAAAGACCCUCUAUCGUGCGAAAGCCCCAGAGAGCUAUUACGCUGUUAAGAGGGAGCGUUUCUCGAACAACGAGACAUGGACGGAGGCGUCCACACGUGUCUUUUCUGAGCAGCAUAAUAAACGGAUGAGGAGUUUUCACAUGGCUCUUUCUUUUGUUACAACUCCUGAAACCCCGAGCUUCUUCGGGGACACAGCCAUGCAUGGGCUGUCAACGUCUUGGGGGUUUUCACUUACUUCUGCAGAACCUACUUUAGGGCUUCUGUCCUGUAGGCCAGUGGUGUCCACGCUUCUGUGAUUGCAUAUCACUCUAAGUAAAAGAAUUUUGACUAUA